AUGUACGCCAUUCGCCUCUUUGCCGUCAUCUCCGCCGCUGUCGCUGGUACCUCUGCCGCCGCCAUCAAUCUCCAAUGGGGCGCCCCCACGAACGCUGCCGCUGCCGAACGCCGUCAAGCUGACGAGGUCCACCCAACUCCGGAGAUUGUAUGGGAGGCAAAGAACUACAUUUGGGGCUGCUCACCCGGCGGCUGCAGCUCUCGUUUCAACAUCAGUUCUUCCGGAGGCUACAUUUCUGGCGCUCCCGGCUUCAAUGUCGUCUGCAGCCCCAUCUACAUCCAGCAGGGCUGGGUGCCCUGCCGCAAUCCCGACAACAGCCCCCUUCCCGAGGACUCUCAGGUCUUUUCUAUCUGGACUGCGGGCGCGGAUCGUGAGCGCCAGUAUCUGGGUGUUUCGCAUAUCUAUAAGCGCCCCGAAGACAGUCUCACCUGGAAUGCUACUGCUCGCACCGACUUUCUUCCUGUUCAAAAUAUGAGCAUUGCAUUCCCAGUCAACACUGUCACCAUUGCUGACGCCAGCACGAACAGGAGUACUGUGCUGGAUGUGUAG